GGAGUGGACAUUCUAGCCUUUUAUGUCUUUGUCUAAAGAGAAAAAGAGCCCUAUUAUUUGUGACACUAUUCCUUUAAAAUGUACAAAAUCUAAAACCUUAGAUAUAAUUUCAGACUUGGCCUCAAAAUCUUGAACUUUAAACAUGAACCAUCCUUGUGCAAACUCCAAGAGCCCAUUGUUGCGAAAUCUUAAUGGUUUUCUUCUGUUAUGCAUGAUCUCAAGCUUGCACUUGGUAACAACAGCAACAUCAGAAGAAAAUGAAACUGAUCUCAGUGCUUUACUUGACUUCAAGAGUAAAAUAGUUGGAGAUCCAUUCAACAUUAUGAGUUCUUGGAAUAACUCCUUCCACCACUGCAAUUGGACAGGAAUCAGCUGCAACAUUUCCAAUGGAAGGGUCAUGAACAUGAACCUUGCAAAACUGAGAUUAAAAGGUACUCUUACACCAUCCAUAGGAAACCUCACAUUCCUCACCACACUGAACCUGUUUAGCAAUAGCUUCCAUGGUGAAAUUCCUCAAGAGUUGGGUCGUUUACUCUACCUGCAAACUCUGGAAUUCACCUUCAAUGACUUUAGUGGGAACAUUCCAAAUAACCUCAGCCACUGUAGAGAACUAUUGUCACUUGGUUUUUGGGAUAACAAUCUCACAGGAACAAUCCCAAAUUGGAUCGGAAACAUUUCUUCUCUGACCCGUCUUAGUUUUGCCUUGAACAAUUUCCAUGGAAGCAUACCAAAUGAGCUUGGUCUUUUAUCAAGUUUAACACGACUAGUACUAUAUGGGAAUUUUUUGUCUGGCACAGUUCCUUCUUCAAUCUAUAAUCUUUCUUCCUUGUUCUAUUUCACUCUCGCUCAAAACAAUCUCCAUGGAAGUUUACCAUCUGAUGUCGGAUUUACUCUUCCUAACCUUGAAAUAUUUGCUGGUGGACUCAACAAUUUCACAGGGAAUGUUCCUGCAUCAUUGUUAAAUGCUUCAAAACUAGUAUUUCUUGACUUUUCUGUUAAUGCCCUCACUGGAUCACUGCCUAAGAACAUAGGGGCCUUGAACCGGUUAACUAGACUUAGUUUUGAGCAUAAUAGGCUUGGAACUGGUAAAGCAGGAGAUCUUAAUUUUCUUGAUUCUUUGGUCAAUUGCACAUCUCUACAGGUUCUACUCCUCGGAACGAAUCGCUUUGGUGGAGUAUUGCCUGAUUCAAUUGCUAAUUUCUCAACCCAAUUGUACAGAUUUGCCUUUGGUUCCAAUGAAAUACAAGGAAAUAUACCUGCUGGGAUUAGCAAUCUUGUUAACUUGACCCUUUUAUCAUUGGAAGGAAACCACUUAACUGGUAGUGUUCCUGAUGCAAUAGGCAAGCUGCAAAAUCUGCAAGAGUUGUAUCUCAAUGUCAACAACUUUUCAGGAAGAAUCCCAUCCUCUUUAGGAAAUUUGUCUUCAAUAAUUAAACUCUUUCUGGAGCAGAACAAUUUUGAAGGAAGCAUACCUUCAAGUCUUGGAAAGUGCAAGGAGUUAUUGUUGUUUAGCCUUUAUCUUAACAAGCUUAGUGGCACAAUACCAAAAGAAGUUUUUAACCUUUCUUUUCUAUCAAUAUAUUUGGAUGUAUCUUACAAUGCUUUGUCAGGGUCACUUCCUGUUGAGGUGGGUAAGCUGCAUAACCUUGGAGAGUUGGUGCUGACUGGGAACAACUUCUCAGGAGUCAUUCCAUCUUCUCUUGGCAGCUGCCUUAGCUUGGAAAGGCUGCAUUUGCAGGGUAACUCUUUCCAGGGAAACAUUCCUCAAAGUUUGAAGGGUUUGAGAGGUUUACUUGAUAUAGAUCUUUCGCGCAAUAACCUGUCAGGUAAGAUUCCUGAGUUUCUUGGUGAGUUCACACAACUCAAGCGUCUUAAUCUUGCUAACAACAGUUUUGAAGGUGAAAUACCAAUGAAUGGAAUCUUCAAGAAUGUAACUUCCAUUUCACUAUAUGGAAACAGCAAGCUCUGUGGUGGUGUCCCACAAUUAAAUUUUCCUUCAUGCACUGUGAGGAAAACCUCUUCCUUAAGAAAACUUCUUUCACCUAAGGUGGCUAUCCCUAUAGCUAUUGCACUUGUUCUUGUACUCUUGAUAUCAUGUUUUCUUACCAUCUUCCUCAUUGUUAAAAGAGCAAAAAAGAGAACUUCAUUAUCAACUACCUCCUUGGAAUUGGGAUUUUCUUACUCAGAAAUUGCAAAUUGCACUGGUGGGUUCUCCCAGGAUAACUUGGUUGGCUCAGGAAGUUUUGGUUCUGUAUAUAAAGGAACUCUUUCAGGUGAUGGAUCAAUUGUUGCAGUGAAAGUGUUGAAUCUUCAACAAAGAGGGGCUUCGAGAAGCUUCAUUGAUGAAUGCCAAGUUCUGAGGAAUACAAGGCACCGCAACCUUCUCAAGAUCAUAACUGCCAUCUCAAGUGUUGAUCGACAAGGUAAUGAGUUCAAGGCUCUAGUCUUUGAGUUCAUGUCUAAUGGCAGUCUAGAAGAUUGGUUGCAUCCAAUUAGUAACCUGCAAUCACAGACCAAGACAUUGACAUUUAUCCAGAGACUGAACAUUGCAAUUGACGUUGCUUGUGCCCUGGAAUAUCUGCACCACUUGGGUGAAACACCAAUUGUUCAUUGUGAUAUAAAGCCAAGCAAUGUUCUUCUUGACAAUAAUUUUGUAGCCCAUGUUGGUGACUUUGGCUUAGCUACAUUUCUGUUUGAAGAACCAAGCAAUUUGUCCAAACCAUCUAUCAUGUCAGCUAGCCUAAGGGGCUCUAUUGGAUAUGUCCCUCCAGAGUAUGGCAUGGGUGGAAAACCUUCUACGCUUGGAGACAUCUACAGUUAUGGAAUACUAUUACUAGAGAUCUUCACAAGAAAAAGACCAACUGAUGAAGCAUUUGAAGGUGGCAUGGGAAUUCGCCAGUUUAUAGCAAUGGCUCUACCUAUCAAUGUCAUGGAUGAAUUUGAUGAUGAAAGUGAAGAAUUUGAAGAAAAUGUAGAAGAAGAAAGAGCUAUUAGGGGAAACUAUGAGCUUGAAGUUCAUGUUAGAAUUUUGGGUCACAAAUAUAACUUUUAAUUGUGUUAGGGCCAUUAUUUAAUUAGCCAAACUAAAGUGGUCUAUUUAAUAUUGAUCUUAUGGCUAAGGGCAUAUGUGUUAUGAAAAGGUAUUGUGCAGAUACCAUAAGGCAAUAUUCUAAUUUGAUGAGGGGCCAAAUUAGAAAUAUUGAAAACAGAAUUGUAACUGAUGCAGUUACUUAUAGGGUUAUGGUCCCCAAUUGUAGACAUAACGUAAUAAACGUGAAAAGUUUCUCUUCAUCCCCAUCAGAGGAGAACAUCAGGAAACCCUAAGGGUGAUCUACAAUUGGAAGAUCACAACCCCAAAUACUUCAACGGUUUCCAUGGCUCAUUCAGGUACGCUUCCGCUUUAUGUGUUUCAUCUUGAAUUCGGGUAUGGGUUAAUCAAGUGUGGUUUAGGAUUAUGCUCCUGUUUUCUAUAUGGGUAGAAAGCAUGUGGUUAGGAUCAAAUCCUUAUUUGUUAGAAACCAACAAGUGGUAUCAGAGCCACCCAUGCCUGAUUCAUGUAUGAUUUUGGUAAUUUUUUUAAGAUUAGGGUUUCAAUUUUGUGAUAUUGGGAAUUAUGUUCAUCGAACAGUUUCAUGAGAAAAUAUGUUUCCGCUAUUUAUUGUGUUAUGUGAUAGUGUGGUUUUUUUUUUAUUUUAACACCGGUGGCGGUGAUUAAUUUUUUUUUUGGUGCUGUGAUGGUGUUGCUUUUAUUGGGGAUUUGCUGCACUGUUUUCAUUUCACAUGUCUGCCACGCUUGCACUCCAUGUGUGAAUUCAGUCAAAGAAACUAUAUAGACUUGAUUCAGUUUUAUAAUUGCAUUCAUUCAACAGUUUCGUCUUUUAUAUAUAUAUGAAACGUGAAUAUCAAAAACAGCAUGGAUAUUGAUUUAUUUGCAAAGCACGUGAAUAUCAAAAUUGCAUUCAGUUUUGUUUGCAAUAUGGAUAUAUUGAUUGUGAAUCAAUUUAUGUUUUCUGGGUUCACGUGAAUCAUGAAUUCUUUUUUUCAUAUAUGUAAGUUUUUGAAUUUGACAUGUUAAAAGAGAUUAUAUAAUUGUGAACCAUGCUUCUGUUUCAAUUCGUUGAUAAUUCGGCUAUGGGUAUAUGGAAAAUUAUUAGUGUGCGUUCAAAUUUUGGCUAUGGUUUGUAAUAUUUAAUCAAUUGUUUAAUAUUUUAAAUGAGUCAAUUAAAAUAAGAAAGUCACAAAAGUGACCUCUUUUUAUGGAGAUUGCUCAUAAGAAAUAUUAAAAGUUUGUGCGUGUGUAUGUUUAUCCAUGCGAGUAUUAAUGGACCCCAAAGGAAAAGUUAAUGCUUGGCCGGAUUUCAUACACACCUGUGAUGAUAAACAUGUGAUAAUUUUAAGGGUUUACAUGUGAAUGAUAAAUCAAUCCAAAGAAGGGUUUGUUAUUUGACAUGAUUUAUUAUCAAUGUUUGAUCAUUACAACAAGAGUACCACUAGCAAUUAGUAUUACUGUCAAAAGACAUGAUAUUGAUGGUGCACUAGGUAUCUUGAGAUGGGUUAUGUCAUUAUUUGAACAUACAAAUGAUUUGGUUUUUCUAGUUUAUAAUGUGAGUAUAUUUAUAGUAUCUAUUUUGUUCUACAUUCAGCUACUAUUGGUUCGAUAUCUGCUAAUCUAAAUUUGGUUCUGGUCCUUAAUGGAACAAAUUUUAAGGACUGGAAAGAGAACAUGGAAAUUGUUCUUGGCUGCAUGGAUCUUGACCUUGCAUUAAGGGGGGCCUAACCCGCUUCUCUUACGGAAUCUAGUACCUCUGAACAGAGGAAAGAUUAUGAGAAGUGGGAUCGCUCCAAUCGCAUGAGUCUCAUGAUCAUUAAGCGCAUCAUUCCUGAGGUCUUUAGGGGUACUAUCUUGCAAGAGAUAAAAGGUGCCAAAGAUUUCCUUGCUGAAAUUGAAAAGCGCUUCGCAAAAAAAGCGAUAAGGCGGAAACAAGUACUCUUCUUCAGAACUUGAUUUCCAUGAAAUAUCAGGGCAAAGGAAAUAUAAGGAAUACAUUAUGGGCAUGUCAAAUAUUGCUUCAAAACUUAAGGCGCUAAACUUGAGCUGUCGGAUGACUUGCUCAUUCAUUUAGUAUUUGCUUUCUCUUCCUGCACAAUUCAGUCAGUUUAAGAUAUCUUAUAACUGUCAAAAGGAGAAAUGAUCUCUUAACGAGCUCAUUUCAUUUUGUGUGCAAGAAGAGGAAAGGUUGAAGCAAGAAAAGAAAGUGCUAAUUUUGUUAGCACAUCUAAAGACAAAGGCAAAAGAAAGAAAACUGUUGAGCCCAAGAAUGAAGCUGCAAAUGCUCCAGCACAAAAGAAACAGAAUGAGGAUGAUAACUGUUUCUUUUGCAAUGUGUCUGGGCAUGUGAAAAAGAAAUGUCCUAAAUAUCACGCUUGACGUGCAAGGAAAGGUACAUUUAUGAGGUCAAUUUAGCUUCAGUACCUAGAAACACUUGGUGGUUAGACUCCGGUGCAACUACUAACAUCAGUGUUUCAAGGCUGGGCUGCCUGAACUACCGAAAGCCAAAUGAUGUUGAAAGAUACAUUUAUGUUGGAGAUGGCAAGUCGGUGGAUGUGGCAGCUACAAGGCAUUUUAGAUUAUUAUUGUGUACUGGAUUUUAUUUGGAUUUGAAAGAUACUUUUGUGGUUCCGUCAUUUAGACGGAAUUUGGUUUCAGUUUCUUAUAUGGACAAAUAUGGUUAUUUAUGUUCAUUUGGAAACAAUAAAUUCAAGUUGUCUUUUAACUCAAAUGUUGUUGGAACCGGUCCACUUAUGGGAUAUGAUAAUCUAUAUUUGUUGAUACUGUAGCUACUAUAGUGAAUC